CAAGGAAAGGGAAAGAGUGAUAGAGUGAGUAAGUGUCUCGUAUCGGGACUUGGUUAAACCCGUAUCGCGAAACUACCAGUCUGCCGCGACGAGUCUUCGUGUUAACUGUUGUCUCUUGUCAAAAUCAUCAUCUGAUUAAUUUCACGCUCGAUUUAUUAUUACUCGUGUCGUGUUAUUGUGACACUGUGCUUUUAACGCUGAGUUUAAUUAUGGAGCAUUAUUGACAGUGAAUGAGAAGUUUGAUUAAUUUAUAUAAUGUGGAGUGAUCUAGUAUAUCUAUAGUAAAUGCAAAUAAUUAGUAAAAUGUUAUUGACUCACGCGAGUUGACUGAAGCCCACGUGGAUGUUAUAAGUGAUUAAAACAAGUCUAAGUGAAUUAAUUGAACAAUUGGAAUUCACAAAUAAUUGCUGGGUAAAUCGAUGAGCCCUUAUUACUCGGGUUAUCUUUUACGAGAAUCCUAGGGUCAUCAUAACGACUCGGACAACAGCAAAAAUGGCAGAUCGACCGAGAAGAAAUCGAUACCUCAGCAUCAGUAUACUUCAUGUCAUCACAAUGAUGUGUCAAGCAUUGUCAGAGGGUCCCAUGUUUGCUGAGCCCAUUCCAAAUGUGACUGUUGCUGUUGGUAGGGACGCCAGUUUACCUUGUGUUAUCAACAACCUCGGAGCUUUCAAGGUGGCGUGGUUACAUGUCGGUCGCCAAAUGCUUCUCACUAUUCACACACACGUAGUAGUAAAAAUCCCAAGGUUCUCAGUUUCAUAUGACAAACAAAAAACCUGGUUUUUGCGAAUACAAAAUGUUCAGCAAAAUGAUCGAGGCUACUACAUGUGUCAAGUUAACACUGUACCUAUGAUAAGUCAAGUUGGAUACUUACAAGUUGUUGUACCGCCGAACAUUGUGGACUCUAUGUCAUCGGAGAGUACAGUUGCGGUGAAGGAGCAUCAAAAUAUUACAUUGACAUGUAAAGCCGAAGGUUAUCCUGAGCCAACAAUGAUGUGGCGACGCGAGGACGGACAAUCGAUUCCAAUCGAUCGGAGAUCAAAAGUGGAAAAAUAUGUCGGAGAUCAAUUAAAUUUAACUAAAAUAACUCGUACAGAGAUGGGAGCAUACUAUUGCAUUGCGACUAACGGAGUCCCGCCGACAGUCAGCAAAAGAAUAAUCGUUGAUGUCGAAUUUUCACCAACGAUAUUCGUGCCAAAUCAGCUGAUGGGAGCACCAGCUGGAAAGAACGUAACCCUUGAGUGCAACAUUGAAGCACAUCCACGAGCGAUAAGCUACUGGAACUUCAACAACUCUAUGGUACUAAGCAACGAAAAGUAUACUAGUACGAUAAUGGAGAGCAGCUACAGAACUAACAUGCAGCUGACCAUACGAAAUCUACAGCUCAGUGAUUUCGGUAACUACAGAUGUAUCAGCAAAAAUUCACUCGGCGAGACUGAAGGAUCUAUCAGACUAUACGAAAUGGUCCAACCAUCAGCACCACCAACUGCUACAGAGAUUAAAAGUAGCGCAAACAAAGAGGGCAAGCAACAGAGCACCCCGACGCCACCAAGAAGACCAACGACAAUAUGGCCGGCUGUUUACAAUCCUUAUCACCCGAAAAGGACAGAACGACCGCCGACGAGCCACAAAGAAGUCGAAACACGCGAAAGAAAACUUCACGGAGCCAGCACAGGAAGUGCUUAUAUCAUCCGAUGGAGCGCACCCCAGCUGAUGGUCGUAGCAGUCCAGUAUAUCCUGACUGGACCCUACAUGCCGCCUUACGUGCCUCAGCACGUUAAUUAACCACCAUUAAUCAUCUCUCUCAUCUUUAUGUAAUAUCGGUACUCACAACACACAGUGGCACAAAUUUAAAACGAGUGAUAUUUUAUUAAGUGAUUAAAAUCAACUCUAAAGACCAUAUUUUUUCUCAUGGUAAAAAAUCAAAUUUUUUAUCUACUCCUUGAUUCGAAAUUAUUCAUUUUUAUAUUUACUAAAUUAUUAUUAUAAAUAUAAACCAGUGUUACAUUGAAUAUUAUUUACUGUUAACCAGAUAAUAUUCAUUACUCCGCAUUAAUUCAGGAAAUUCAAACUACACUAGAAACUCUAGUGACACACCCACGAGCUAGGCUGACAGAAGGCGUAAGAUACUACUGAAUUUACAAGAAAAUUCACCGUGCAGUUGAUUAAUGUUUUUUAUAUUAAAAAUACUUGCUUCCCUUUUAUUAAUUAAUUUACUGCUGACAAUUAUACUUCAUAUAUUUAAUUAAAAACAUACUGUAAAAAAUUAGCGGAGUGAACGUGGAGUAAAUCCGGAGUGGAUGACUGAUUAUUUAUUUAAUCCCCUCGGAGUGAAAUUCACUCCCAUAGGAAUUUAUUUUAAUAUUAAAACUCCAAAUCGGAGUUAAUGCGGAUUUAAACAACUCUUUUUUAUUUGAAAUAGUGAAAAUAGUGACUAUUCAUUGUUUACUAGUGAAAAGUAUGUCACUAAUUCAAAUAGCGGUAUACUUUUCAUGGUUCCAUAACAAAAUAUCCGCAACGAAAUAACCGCAGACAAAAUAACCGCGGACAAAAUAACCGCGGGCAAAACUGCAAAUGUUAAUUUACGUCAACUUAACUGAUUUUUCUCUGCAUACAGAAGACAUUUUAUAGUCGAAAAUGGAUAGAGCCUCACUUGAAGACCAUUACCUUAUAAAUUUUUCUUAAGGAUAUUUUGUCGUGUGGUUAUUUUGUCGUGAGAAUGUUUUGUCCGCGGAUAUUUUGUCAUGGCACCACUUUUCAUUGGUAAUACGUGACUAUUAACUGCCAAAUAGUGAUUGUCACGUGAUUUUCACUAAUUCGUUUUUUAGCGGGAAAAACUCCCGCUGAAAAAACUCCCUAUUUACUCCGUAUGCGAAGUGAUUUUUUUUUAAAACUCCGAAACUCCAAAUGACGGAGUGAAUUCGGAUUGAAAUAAAGUCCGGAUUCACUCCCAAUUUUUUACAGCGCAUCCGACAAAAAAAUCAUUAAAUAAAUUUUAAUAAAAUUAUUACGACACUUAAUAAACAAUUAAAGACGUGACGGAUGCCUUUGAAGUAAAAAAAAAAUAAUUUACAAGAGAUUAAUUUUAUUCGAAGCCAUUGCGAUAAUGAUUAUAAAAAAAUUUUUUUUUUUUUCAAUGGCCAAUAAGAGACAAAAUGGACUGAGAUUUAAUCAUGUACAUUGUACUAAUAACUUGACGUUUGGAGGUAUCAUUGCGUAAUCUAUGUAGCACUGGUCGGAUGGGGGAUUAUGUUAAGCGAUGCGUGAGCGACCACAGUCCAUGUUUAGCCAAGCGUAACAGAGAUACUGCUCAGUGACGCUGUUAUAUAUCGCGGCUAACGCUACCAACGACGACGAAAACGCGCAUUUAAAGCGUAUCGAGCUAUACAACCAUACUAUAUUAGUAUAUACAUAUAUGCAGAGAUACUAUAUGCAACACUCAUGACACGCAUUACGAUUAAUAAGCAUAAAAUCGGCCACCGGCUGAACUUCACACGGUGGAACAACCACGCUAUGUGAAUUUCGCUAAUUUACCCGACGUGUUUAUGCGAUCACCAGCCAUUUCAAUUUUACUAUGCCAGAUAUUUUAUACUACAACACUUUUUUUUAUUAUUAUUAAAUUUUACAAUAACUCUAAUUGUGAUUGUUUUGCCUUUUAAUCCGUAUUUAUUUAUUUUAUUGAUAGCAAACAUUUUUUUAUCGAUUUUCUAUAUUUUUUUAAAUUAUUUUAUUAAAUAAUUUAAUUUUAAUAUUAAUAUCGAUAUUCUAAUUAGUAAAUUGUCUAAUUCCAUUGCAGAAAAUCCUCCAUGUAUUCGAAUAAACAGUAAUUUUAAAAUUUUUUUUUCAUCUAAAAAUCAAUUUCAUACCUAGUAUAUGCAUAAUAUUUUUUCUGACUCUUAUUAUCUAAAAAUUGCACAGAAUCACCUACUAAAAAAUAUUAAGUUAGAUAAUUUGAUAAUUAGAAAGUAUACUCUCUUAAUUUGAAUCAGUGAGAAAUCCACUGGUGCAUUCAGUGAGUAAAAAAGUCACUGGUGAAUCAGUGAGAUUCAAAGAUGCUCACUGGUAAACCAGUGCAAAAUUUAAGUACCUCGAAUGUCCGUUGCCAACAGCGACCUAUGAUUAGUUAUACCGGUUAUAGAAAGUUAUAUAUAACCUGAUGUUUGUUUAUUAAUUUCAAUUGAAUUAAUUAAUACAUUUCAAGUUAAAUUGUGACCCUAUUAUUGCAUUUUCUAUUUUACAUAAAUUAUAUUAUGUUUUUAAUUUAAGCUAUCCUCGAAGCCUUGAUAAUUUUUAUAAUUUAAUCGAUCAUUAUAUUUUUAAAAUUUCGAAAAAAGUUCGAGUGCAUUUUCUUUUUUCCGCAUUACUUUGAAUAAUUUUAAUACGGUUAAUGUAAUGAAAGUUGGAUAUACACGGAAAGAAAUUUUCUUUAAAAAUUACCGUUAAAUUCACUGUAAUCGUGGGACAUGAUGCAGCGCUUUUAUUUAUUACCAUUUUUGAAAUAAAAAUUACGAAAAAAUUUAUUUAUUUUGUGGUAGACUUCAUAAAAUUUACCGAAAACCGAAUGAAAUUUACAGUAGACUACGGUAAAAUUUGUUGAAAAAAAGUUAAAAAUUAUCUCACUUACCGACAAAUGUGUAGGUCGUGCCAUUCGUCCCACGAUUACCGUGAAUGAACGGUAAUUUUUAAAGAAAAUUUCUUUCCGUGUAGAAAAUUUGCGUAAAUGUCUAUUCAAUUUUUAUUUAUUUUACGUAAAUAAUCAUGUCCUAUAUGUAUAAGUUGGGUUAUAAUGAAAGAUAUCAGCUCACUGUUGAAUCAGUGAAACUCACUGAUGAAUCAGCGACUUUUAUGUCCGCCAUUAAAUUUCACUGGUUUACUAGUGAAGUUCACUGAGUAACCAGUGGGAUUAAAUGGCCGCCAAGACCACUGGUCGAAUCAGUGAGUUUUACUAAUAAACCAGUGGAAUUCCACUGAUUCAAAUUAAGAAAGUAGGUAUGUGCAAUAUUAAUUUUUAAAAAAUAUUUAAAUAAUUAAAUAAAUUAGUUUAUUAUUAAAUGUAAUUUUUUAACGAAUUAAAAGGUAGAAAAAUAAAUAUCACAAGUUGUACAAUCAAUUAAUUAGUUAUGCUAAUUUAAUAAAAUAAUAAUAAUAAAAUUAGUUACUGAAUUUAUAAAAUAUAUUAUAAUAAUAAAUAAUUUAUAUAAAACAUGAAAGCCUAAGAAAAAGGACCUAAAUUGAUAACGAAAAAAAAAAAUUAUUAAUUGUAUUGUAUUGUAAUAUUUAUAUCAAAAAGUUUAUUGUUUAAAUAUCUCUUUAUUUCUCUCGCAUUAAAUACGUCAGCCACGAUUAUUAUUCUCAUUCACAUUCUAUUUUCAUUUUCAUUUCAAUAUUUAUAUAAUACAAUAAACUAGAACGAAGGAAUAAAGCAAAAAAAUAAUAAUAAUAAUAAAAUAAAUAAAAAAAAAUUAUACGGAUAUACAUACACAUACACAUGUAAAUAAUAUAUCACGCGAGUUAUGAAUGCGAAUAACAAAACGGAACAUCACGCGGCCUACAAUUCCGUAUAGGAAAUAUAAGUAAAUCAAUAACGAGAUGAAUGGAGGUGAAAGACAAAAGGACACACUCAAUUGGUUUUAAUAAAAACAACUCACAAGUUCGAGGCUAUACAAACUGAUAUAUACUAGAAAUUAUGAAAAAUUUAAACAAUGAAUAAAAAAUAUAUAUAGAUAUAUAUAAAAGAACGCGGUAUCCUUCAGCAUAUCGAUCAGAAAGAAAAAUAAUAGACUGUAAAAAAUUAGCAGAGUAAACGCCGAGUUAAUCCGGAGUAAAUGUCAAGUGAAUCCGGAGCGAAUGCGGAGCAGAUGAUUGCUUUGCUCAAUCCCCUCGGAGUGAAAUUCACUCCGAAGGGGAGGUUAUUUUAAUAUUAAAAACUCCGAAUUGGAGUGAAUGCAAAUUCACGCAGAGAAUUUUACGGUAUUUUUUGCAUCAAAAAUGUAUAGAAAAAUUACUAUAGUCAUAGUAGCAUGAGGACAGUAUGGAAUUAUUGUACAAAUUACCGAUACUGUAGAAAUUUUCAAAAUACAUCGAACAGAUUUUACAAAGGUGCAUUGUAAUUUUGA